AUGAAAGAGAAAACGGACGAUGGAAACCUAUUUUAUGAUAAUGAAGAGUACGAAAAAAUUAAGAAAAAAACUUUGUUCAAAAUUCUCCUCUCUGUGUUUAUCAAGACGUUAUUUGAAUCCUUCCUACAGCCACUGCUCCCAUUUUAUAUAUUAAAUUAUUACGACAUACAAGUGAAGGAGUUGGGUAUUUUAUUAAGUUUCUAUUCGCUAGCCCAAUGUGUAAUGUGUUUAGUUAUAGGAUUAUUUUCUUCUAUUAAUAAGAAGCAUUUACUUGUAUUUUUAAUUCUCUUAAAUCUGAUUGGUAUGUACCUAUUUUACGUAAAGUUGAAUUUCUCUUUAUUAAUUAUUAACAGAAUUAUAUGUGGCAGUAGCUCAGUGUUCAUUGUUGUAGUUAAUGCCAUGAUCAACGACCUUGUUGAUACAGAUGUGUGCAUCUAUUACACCUAUAUAAAUAUAUUUAAUGCAAUUGGAAUAAUCCUCGGUCCAUUAUUAUCUUCCCUCUUCUUAACCAUAUUCAAUUUCCAAAUUAUUUUAAAUUUUAACACACUUGGAUUGAUUGCCUCCCUUCUGAUCGUGCUGACCAUUUCAAGUGAGUUGCUAGCACAAAAUCAGGACAACAUAAAAAAAGCUAUCAUCGAAGAUGCUAAUUUGAUCACCCUCAAUGUUGACACUCAUGGGGAGAAAAAAAAAAAAAAAAAUGUGCAAAAAAAUAUAUCAAACAAGGACGGAAAAAAUGACGCAUACUUGAAUGAUCUGGCUGAGGAAGAAUUUAUAAAUAAUCGUGCACAGAGUGGGAGUUACAAACAUGAAGUCUUCAGCUACAGAAGGGGAGCCAAUUCUGCGAGUGGAAAAUUGGGAGGUGGAAAUUCUGUAGAUGAAUAUUCUAUAAAUAGCUACCUUCUGAAUAAAAAAAAAAAAAAACACACAGACCCAAAUUACAAGAAGAAACUUUUCCAUUACGAUAAUGAUGAAUUUUCUGAAUUAUCAUAUCAGCAAUUUUUGAAGAGACGGGACUACUUUUACAUCACCAGGCUCAGUCUCUACCUGAAGGAAAAAAUGCGAGCGCUUUCUAACGCUACACUUUCUUACAAGUUAAAAUGCCUCCUAUCUAUUUGCAUGUUCAGGUUUACAUCAGCCUUUUCCUCUAAUUUGAUGAGCAACAUUUUUUUUGUAUUCUACAACGACAACGUUUCAUCCGAUAACAAGCAGAUACAAAUCAGCGUCUUUGUCUCCCUAAGCGGAAUUAUCAUGAUCUUCUAUCAGUACUUUUCCUUUUCAUAUAUUUUGAAAACCUUUGGAUACAAUGGCACGGCAAUUAUAGGAUUGCUGAUACAGAGCACAGGAAUUCUGCUAACAUACCAUAGCAUAAAAUAUUAUAACAUAAUUUUUCAAUACAUCAGCAUUUGCUUCAUCCAUUCGUGCUCCUAUGCAUACAUAGAGCCCAUCAUACCAACCAUUAUAUCUUUAUUUUUUUCCAAAAGGGAUCAGCUGUUUUCCCAAAGCAUCGUUUCCUUCUUCAGAUAUUUAUCUCUCACUAUUUCGCCCAUCAUUUAUAGCUACUACUACAUCGAAAAUCAGCUUUCCCCUUUUUUCAUUUCUUCCUGCGUGUCUAUCAUAUCCAUUUUUUUUGUGCAUCUCUCCUUUAAGUACCACAAGAGGAUGAAUACUUCCCUUUUGUCUAAUUAG